CCGCGUGUACGCGUACUUCGCCGCAACUUCGGUGCGUGUCGUGCGUCUUCGGCUUGCGGUCUCAGCGGGUCGCCCAUUUAUUUUUCCGUGUCCCCUCCUUGCGUCUUGCCCGUGCCCAACAAGUGGUGUACGCGGCGGCUUGCGGCUCAUACGGCGUCUCGCGCCCUAACUUUAAACAACUUUUAGGAGCGCUCCGCGUCGUGAGUUCGAAAUUUCGUUCGCGUGUUGUAAACUUUUCAAAAGUAUCUUUAAGAGUUGUGACGUGACGGAGGACUGUUGUGGCGUGUAGACAAAGUGUUCGCGGGUGAGCUGAAGUCGAUGCACCUUCCGCACGCGAGCCCCCCGACCCCAACGAUGGCGGAUGUUUACUCACACAUUCAUGAGUACUACAGACAGAGCCACGGAGACCUGGUGCAGACUGGAUCCCCAGCAGUGCUGUGCUCGGCGCUACCUGGCCACUGGCGAUCAAACAAGUCGCUGCCCGUUGCGUUCAAAGUGGUCGCCUUGGAUGACGUUCAGGAUGGAACGAUAGUGACAAUUAAAGCUGGUAACGACGAAAAUGUGAUGGCUGAAAUGAGGAACUGUACGGCAGUGAUGAAAAAUCAAGUGGCAAAGUUCAAUGACCUCAGAUUCGUUGGUAGGAGCGGACGUGGCAAAUCCUUUACCCUGACAAUCACGAUCAGCACAUUUCCUUCACAAGUCGCAACUUAUACCAAAGCUAUCAAAGUAACCGUCGACGGACCGAGGGAACCAAGAACUAAGCAAAAUUAUGGCUAUGGACACCCCGGAGCUUUUAGUCCGUUCCUAUUAAACCCCGGAUGGUUAGACGCAGCUUAUCUAAAUUACGCUUGGGCUGACUACUUCAGGCCACCACAAUUGAGAGAUCCAGCAUCUUUAGUAAAAGGAGCAGCACCAUUAACUACACCUACGGUUCCGAUACCGCCAUCGGAUCUAUUUCCGUUUCCGCCGGCCAUGGCUAACCUACCGCCAGCGGGAUUAAUUCCACCACCCGGAGCAUUUUUACCACCAAAUGGACUUCUACCUUUCUCACCACAUCCUGCUGAUUUAGCACUGAAAACUCUGCCACCAGAAUUGACACUUAAAAAUGGUGUCAGCCCAUAUGAUGCUUUAAGGCACUUACAAAGCAGCGUCUCUUCAAUGGAUAAUUCCAGUGCCAGAUUAUCUCCAGCAAGCAGUAGACAAAGCGGAAGCCCUAGGAGUAUAAUUAACGCCAGCCCACGAUCUAAAGCUGAUUCGAAAUCGGAAGUCAAUUCGACGCAUGAUGCGACGAUAUCUGAUGAAUCUGACGAGGAACCCAUUGAGGUUGUGAAAUCCGCGUUCCACCCGACGCGACCAGCUAAUGUGGAGCUCCAAGAAAUGAAGCAAGUACAAGCUGCAGACUCAACUGUGUCUGACAAGCCACGAGUUAGGAACGAGCUUAAAGCUCCUUCACAGCGAACCACGCGAGUGCUAUCCACAAGUCCUACUUCCACAAAGAUUAGCAAUGGAACGUUAUCAACUCACAAAUCAGUUUGGCGGCCAUAUUGACGCUCCUAGUGAUAGUGCCAAAUAUAAAUCCGUGAAUAACGGAUGAAAUUGUGAUAAACCGAGCUUGUACAUACUAUAGUCUUUACAAAGAUAUAAAUAUAUUUAUUUGUAGCUUAGGAUUCACUAGGUUUAGUAAAUACUACUCAACGUAGUUCAAAGUUAUCCAAAUAAUGCAAUUAAUAGGAGGUUAUUGUUAUUUCUACGAAAUGUUAUGUAAUUUUGCCAAUGUAUAUUGCUACACGAAACUGUUUAAUAGAGACAUAUAAAGUAAAUAUAGUGAAAUAGAUAAUAUUGU